GGAGACCUAAACAACAACAAACACCACCAUUUAGCACACAACAUGAGCAAAAUAAAGGCGAGCUGAGCUGCGGAAGAUACGCAGCCACAGGGAUAUGCCCUGCCCAGAAGCAGCUUUGCCCAUCUGAUAAUCUGACCUAUGCAUACCAAGAGGGUGUAAAUCGGGGACUUCCCCGUAUAUUUGGUGAGGAUGAGUAUGGAAGACUAUGACUACCUGUUCAAAAUAGUUCUCAUUGGAAAUGCAGGAGUGGGGAAAACCUGCCUUGUGCGGCGCUUCACUCAGGGCCUUUUUCCACCCGGACAGGGUGCUACAAUUGGAGUAGAUUUCAUGAUUAAAACCGUUGAAAUCAAAGGGGAGAAGGUCAAGCUACAAAUAUGGGACACAGCUGGGCAAGAGAGAUUUCGUUCUAUUACUCAGAGUUAUUACCGCAGUGCCAAUGCUCUCAUUCUUACAUAUGACAUUACCUGUGAGGACUCCUUCAGGUGCCUUCCUGAGUGGCUGAGGGAGAUUGAACAGUAUGCCAACAACCAAGUUGUGACUAUAUUAGUCGGAAAUAAAAUAGACCUGGCAGACAAGAGAGAGGUGCUUCGACAGAGAGCUGAAGACUUUGCAGAGGCUCAGAGCAUGCUCUAUCUGGAGACCUCCGCCAAAGAAUCUGACAAUGUAGAGAAACUUUUCCUCGACUUGGCCUGUGAGCUUAUCCGAGAGGCCAAACAAAACAAGCUGGACAACAAUGAUACUGCCCCGAUGCCUGGUGAGGGUAAAACCAUCAGUUACUUGAGCUGCUGCAAUGUCAAUUAGAACCUUCUGGCUGUUGUAACUCAGUAUAAAUUGACAGCAGACAGCAGAUGGCUGAGCCUCUAUGCCUCUGUCCAGCUCUGGUGACAUCAAGCCACCACUUAAGUCCUCUCAUUUAUAUCCAAUACCCAUGCCUUUUAAAAAAAAAAAAAAAAAAAGAGUUUUAGUCAACAUUAGUUUGGCCUGCCAGAAAGAAGCAUUUCAAAAUGCUGCCAUGGACUAUAUAGUCCGCAAUGCAACAGCCUGACCACCUGAUGCAUCUUGGCAAUCCGAGUAGGGCUCUGUUUUGUCCUAUUCACCUUUUAUAGAGAUUUAGCAUUUGCAUUUAACAUCAGUAUUCACCAGCAGUGUUUAUGUGAUUUAAAAUACCAGGUUUUUGUUACUAAUCCUACCACACUAAUUGUAAAAAUAAUGAGAUGGAUUGAGUAGUGUAAAAUAUGUUUACAUUCAGUACCUGUUGGAAACACCAACUCUAAUCAAACUUUUCAUUGGUCAGCACAAUCAUGUGUUUGACACUACAGUUUUCUUAUGCUUUUGAAAACAAGGUUGUUAGUCUUUUUAAUUUCAUAUGAGUAGGUAUUUGCACCAAUGUCUUUUUUUAAACUGUGAAAUACUGGAGUGAAACCCUAUAGAAGAUUUGUACUUGCUGCUAAAAUAUUUUAAUGUUAACAUUAAUUAAGUGAAACAAGCAUACAGUUAAUACGCUACAACACUGAAUCAGUAUUAAAUAAUGCCAUUACAAUUUGUUGAUUUUACUUGCUUGUCUUUAGCUGGUGGAUGUUAAGUGAAAAGGAAAUUGGCACUGUCAUUUUUCUUUUGCAAAUGUUUUAUAUACCUUCAAUUUGAUCUAACUGCACUGAUGUGACUAUUCCUGCCUUUGUUGUUGCUAUAUGCCAGUAAGAGACCAUUCUUGUAGUUUCUUUUUAAAUGUGCAUUUAUUGUGUUGAACGGUCCAGCAUGUUUUGCCAUAAUAUGUAGUGUCUGUUACAUUUAUUUGCCAUAACUGUUUUGUACCAUAUUGCACAAUGCCAUACACUGCACAUUUUGUAAAAUUUUGUCUUUUAUUGUACAAAAAUGUAGUACAUCUCAGCACUUUGCUUUAAUAUUUUAGUUAUACCUUUGUUAAACUGGCUGACAUUAUCUUUUGCAUUUGAACCUAGAUCCAACAUGUUACUUAUUGUUAAUCUCUAAUAACUUCAUGUCUAUAAAACAGAAAUACAAUGCC